AUGGAACUCGAAAUCAGGCAACAACAUAUGAUAGAAAAACAAGAGGAGUUAAAUGAAAAACUAAAACACUUCAACAAAGGCAGAAAAACAUGGAGUAGAAUUGAUUCUGUUUUCAAAACACUGAGUGUAGUUCUAACAGUAGGAACAACAGUUGCAACGGCUGUAACUGGUGGAUUAAUGGUUCCAGUACUUAUCCCAACUGUAUUAGCCACAAUUACUGCUAUUCAAACUUCAUCUUGUGGCUUGAUUGCUAUAGGUUACACAUCAAAACAGAAAUCUUAUUAUAAAAAGAAAACAGAAAUUUUAAAUACAUAUCUUAAUAAAUUAUUUAUAUUUUUCGAAAGAUCAAGAGAAGAUAAGAACAUAACCAUUGAAGAAUUAGAAGAAUUCAAUGAAAUUUUAGAUAAAUUUGAUAAGGAAAUAUCAGUAAUGAAAGUUAAAAAAAAUACUUAA